UGUAAUAAUAUGAUCAUUUCUGUUCAAACUGCCUGGAUAAAUUAAACGAUUAAUUUAUUAUUGAAUUGCAUUUCCCCACUUACGUCAACUAUAAAUAACACCAGACAUCGUGAUAAAAUUUAUUAUUUUGCUUUAACGAAAUCUUAUAUCAACUCCGCACAAAUGAGUUGGAAUAUGUGAACGUUGUAACAAAAUAAAACAAAUAUUGGUAAAAGGAAUUAAAAAAAGAUCAACGUAAGCUUAAACAUGUUCCAUUUCUGUCAAGUUAUCGUUUUGUUAUUGACAAUUGUAUCGCAGGUGCACAUGGAAACAAAAGACGCCAAAUGCGAGAAUGCAACGAAGUUCUGCGAAAAUAUUUGGUAUUGCAAGAAAAAUUCGUAUCCUGAAAAAUAUAAAGCAUGCGGCCACGACGGUUUAGUGGACAGAGUUUGCUGCGAUCCCGAAUACCCACCAACCAAAAGCAGAAAAUUUUGCGAUACGCUGUAUAAGAAGAUAGCAAGAGAUGAAUACGGGAACGAGAUUUACGACUCUACAGUUCCUAGGACAUAUAUCACUGCAAGCAUUGCUGCUUUAGGUCAUCGAAAUGAAUCCUCAACGGAUUGGGUGUGCGCUGGGAGUUUGAUUAGCAACAAAUUCGUGAUAACUGCUGCUAAAUGUUUAAAUCAGAGCAUAAAUAUUGUUCGUUUAGGUGAUAAGGAUUUGAGCAGAGAUGAUGAUGGUGUUGAACCUCAGGAAUACGGCGUUUUAAAACAUUUCGUUCAUCCCAAGUAUCAAGCUCCUUUCGUGUACAACGACAUCGCGCUGAUCGAAUUGAAUGACACUGUUACAUUCACAAAGUUUGUGAAGCCUUCUUGCAUUUACGAUGAUGCGAAACUGAGAGAACCACUGUGGAUGGAAGUUGGAUACAAGAAAUUCACUUACGCAUCAACGCAGGUGGUGGAGUUGAGAAGUCGUGCUUGCAAUCUUUACUUUGAUAGCGAUAAGUUUGCUAAUCUCGUGCCAUUCGGACUGGAUCAAGAUACACAGUUUUGUGCUAGCUCCGCUACGUACCACUUCACAUGUCAGUCACAUUUUGGAGCACCUUUGCUCACAUGGGAUCUAAAUUAUGGUAGAACUUUCUUUAUUAUAGGAGUAACGGCGAUUCCCAAACCGUGCAGUCACACCAACGAACCCGGAAUUUACACCAUAGUUUCCCAUUACACCUCAUGGAUCGAAUCGAUUGUAUUUCCAGAUGAUUAACUUAUAUUAAAAACAAAUCAUAUCAUUGUGUGUCAUUAUAGACUGACAUAUGCUUAGACAGAAACUAAGCAACUAAUCUGUCUAGCAGAAAGCCAAUAUACCCAUACGUUAUUACGUA